UUUUUUAUCUAUGGCUGUUGAUUCCCGAACGACAUUCCAAACGUCUUUCCUGACGUUCUUUCUUUCAGUUCAUUGACAACGUGAAGAGAGGACAACUCUUCCAAUAUGUCGUCUAAAGUAUCGCGUGACACGCUUUACGAAUGCGUAAAUGCAGUCCUCCAGUCAUCGAAGGACAAGAAACGUAACUUCUUGGAGACAGUGGAGCUCCAAAUUGGUCUGAAGAACUAUGACCCCCAGAAGGACAAGCGUUUCUCAGGCACCGUCAAGCUAAAGUACAUUCCUCGUCCCAAGAUGCAGGUGUGUGUCCUUGGAGACCAACAGCACUGUGACGAGGCCAAGACUCUGACAGUUCCCUGCAUGGACGCUGAGGCACUCAAGAAACUUAACAAGAACAAGAAGCUUGUUAAGAAACUAGCCAAGAAAUAUGAUGCUUUCCUUGCAUCAGAAUCCCUGAUCAAGCAGAUCCCACGUCUGUUGGGUCCUGGUCUUAACAAGGCCGGUAAGUUCCCUGGUCUCCUCUCCCACCAGGAGUCCAUGACACAGAAGAUUGAUGAAGUCAAGGCAACCAUCAAGUUCCAGAUGAAGAAGGUCUUGUGUUUAUCUGUGGCGGUCGGCCAUGUUGACAUGACACCCGAUGAGCUCGCACAAAACGUGCACUUGUCGAUCAACUUCCUGGUGUCCCUGCUGAAGAAGCACUGGCAGAACGUGCGCUCGUUACACAUGAAGUCCACCAUGGGCCCACCCCAGAGAUUGUACUAAGCCUACUACAAUAAACUUGACGUAACACUA